GUGUUCCUACUCCUCCACUGGAGUGUUUCCUUCUCCGUCCACCUGAGUGUUCCCCUACUCCUCCACCUGGGAGUGUGCUUCUCCUCCACCUGGGAAGUGUUCCCUUCUCCGCGCAUCUGAUGUUCCGCUUCUCCUCCCCUGACUGUUCUCCUUCUCCUCUCCUCCACCUGAGUGUUUCCCUUCUCCUUCCUCCACCUGAACUUUCCCUUCUCCUCCACCUGACUGUUCUCCUGUCUCCUCCACCUGGGAGUGUUCCCCAUUCUUCCUCCACCUGUGUUUUCCCUUCUUCCUCCCCUGGACUGUGUCCUCUCCUCUCAUUCUCCUCCUCCACUGAGUGUUCCCUUCUCCUCCACCUGAAGUGUUCCCUUCUCCCCUCCACCUAGUGUUCCCGUUCUUCCGCCCACCUAGUGUUUCCCUCUCCUCCACCUGAGUGUUUCCCCUACUCCCUCACCUGGAGUGGGUGGGUGGGGUGGUGUUUUUCCCUACUCCUCCACCUUGAGUGUUUCCCUACUCCUCCACCUGGGAGGGUGUCCCGUCUUCCUCCCACCUAGUGUUCCCUCCUCCUCCACCUGAUUGUCCCUUCUCUCCACCUGAGUGUUCCCUUCUCCGUCCACCUGACUGUUUCCCUUCUCCUCCCCCUGAGUGUUCCCUUCUCCUCCACCUGGGGUGUUCCCUUCUCCUCCACCUGAGUGUUCCCCUUCUCCUCCCCUGCGACGUUCCCUUCUCCUCCACCUGGGAGUGUUCCCUCUCCUCCCCCUGCUGUUCCCUUCUCCUCCACCUGGAGUGGUCCCUUCUCCCUCCACUGAGUGUUCCCUCUCCUCCAGCCUGAGUGUUCCCUUCUCCCUCCCUCCACUGAGUGUUCCCUUCUCCUCCACCUGACUGUUCCCUUCUCCUCCACCUGAGUGUUCCCUUCUCCUCCACCUGACUGUUCCCUUCUCCUCCACCUGAGUGUUCCCUUCCCCACCGGGAGCGUUCCUCUCCCCACCUAGUGUUCCCGUUCCUCCUCCACCCUGCUGUUUCCCUUCUUCCUCAAACCCGUUGGGAGUGUUUCCCUUCCCUUCUCCUCCACCUAGCCUGUUCACCUUCUUCCUCCACCUGGAGUGUUUCCCUUCGCCCCACCUGACUGUUCCCUUCUCCUCCACCUGUGUUCCCUUCUCCUCCACCUACUGUUCCCUUCUCCUCCACUGAUUGUUCCCUCUCCUCCACCUGCACUGUUCCCUUCUCCUCCCACCUGAACUGUGUCCCUUCUCCUCCACCUGGGAUGUUCCUUCUCGCUCCACCUGUGUGUUUUUUUUUUUUUUUUUGUUUUUUUUUUUUUUUUUUUUUUUUUUUUUUUUUUUUUUUUUUUGUUUUCCCUUCUCCUCCACCUGAACUGUUUCCCUUCUCCCUCCUCCACCUGAGUGUUCCCUUCUUCUCCUCCACUUGAGUGUUUUUCCCUCUCCUCCACUGAGUGUUCCCUUCGCCUCCACCUGAGUGUUCCCUUCUCCUCCACCUGAGUGGUUCCCUACUCCUCCACCUGGGAGUGUUCCCUACUCCUCGCACCUGAAGUGUUCCCCUACUCCACUCCCUCCCACUGGGAGUGUUCCCUUUCUCCUCCACCUGAAGUGUUCCCUUCUCCUCCACCUGAGUGUUGUCCCUUCUCUCCACCUGAGUGUUUCCCUUCUCCUCCCCCUGACUGUUCCCUUCUCCUCCACCUGAGUGUUCCUUCCCUCCACCUGUGAGUGUCCCCUUUCUCUCCACCUAAGUGUUCACUUCUCCUCCCACCUGACCCGGUUCCCUUUCUCCUCCACCUGGAGUGUUCCCUUCUCCUCCACCUGACUGUUCCCUUCUCCUCCACCUGGGAGUGUUCCCUUCUCCUCCACCUGACUGUUCCCGGGCUCCUCCACCUGAGUGUUCCCUUCUCCCUUCUCCUCCCCUGAGUGUUCCCUUCUCCUCCACCUGAGGUUUCCCUUCUCCUCCACCUGAGUGUUCCCUUUCCCCACCUGACUGUUUUCCCUUCUCCCUCCACCUGAGUGUUUUUUCCCCUUCCCCUCCACCGGGAGUGUUCCCUUCUCCUCCACCUAGUGUUCCUUCUCCUCCACCUGAACUGUUUCCCUUCCCUUCUUCCUCCCUGAUGUGCCCUUCUCCUCACCGGACUGUUCCCCUUUCUCCUCCACCUGAGUGUUCCCUUCUCCCCACCUGACUGUUCCCUUCUCCUCACCGACUGUUCCCUUCUCCUCCACCUGGGAGUGUUCCCUUCUCUCCCCUGUUGUGUUCCUUUCCUCCACCUGAUGUUCCCUUCUCCUCCUCCACCCUUAUUGUUCCCUUCUCCUCACCUGAGUGUUCCCUUCUUCUCCUCCACCGAUGUUUUCCCUUCUCCCUUCUCCUCCACCUGAGUGUUCGCCUUCUCCUCCACCUGUGAGUGUUCCCCUACUCCUCCCACCUUGGAGUGUUCCCUACUCCUCCACCUGGAGUGUUCCCUACUCCUCCACCUGGGAGUGUUCCCUUCUCCUCGGGCAACUGAGUGUCCCUUCUCUCCUCCCCUGAGUGGUUUCCCUUCUCCUCCACCCUGAUUGCCCUUCUCCUCCACCUGACUGUUUCCCUCUCCGCCACCGGAGUGUUUCCCAUUCUCCUCCACCUGGGAGGUUCCCUUCCCUCCACCUGACCUGUUUCCCUUCUUUUUUUUUCCCCCUCCUUCCUGGGAGUGUUCCCUUCUUCCUCCACACCUGACUGUUCCCUUCUCCUCCACCUGGGAUGUUACCCUUCUCCUCCAACCUGGUGUUCCCUUCUCCUCCACCUGAGGUGUUCCCUUCUCCUCCACUGAGUGUUCCCUUUCUCCCCUAACCUGACUGUUACCCUUCUCCUCCACCUGGGAGUGUUCCCCUUCUCCUCCAACCUGACUGUUCCCUUCUCCUCCACCUGGACUGUUCCUUCUCCUCCACUGACUGUUCCCUUUCGGCCUCCACCUGAGUGUUCCCUUCUCCCUUUCUCCUCCCACACUGACUGUUCCCUUCUUCCUCCACCUGGACUGUUCCCUUUCUCCUCCACCUGAAUGUUCCCCCCUUCUCACUCCCCCUGACCUGUCCCGUCUCCUCCACCUGGACUGUUUCCCUUCUCCUCACCUGAGGUAUUUCCCUUCCCUCCCACACUGACCUGUUUCCCUUACUUCCUCCACAUGACUGUUCCUUCUUCCUCCAACUGACUGUUCCCCUUCUCCUCCACCUGAUGUGUUCCCUUCUUCCUCCACCUGAAUGUUCCCUUCUCCUCCACCUGACUGUUCCCUUCUCCUCCACCUGACUGUUCCCUUCUCAUGUUCUUUCUUUGUUUCUUCGUUCAUUCAUUCAUUCUCACCAUCUGUUUUCUCGAUCUCUCUCUCUGCAGGUACUCUGGCUCAGUGGGUAAUUUCGUGGUUAUGGGUGGAUUCCAAGCCCUCAUGAAGCCCUCUGUGUAAGUCAACCUCACCCCAGUUACACUAACCGUAUUGACUUACUCAUCAGUAACAGUUUAUUCAUCAGGUCGAAACUCUCUACUUCUCUUUUUUUAAAGAAUGUAUUGCUUUUUGCAACGUGCAACAAUGUGUGAUAGGAAUGUGUCUCGGUGUUGAGCAACAGUGUAACAACAGAACACAACAAGAUACGUUGUAACAUCAUUCAACCUAGUCAGCCAUCUACCAAUGUAUUUUUCCAAAACAAUUUCAACCUGAAUGCAUCCAAUAGGAUACAGGAGUUGAGGGGAACGGCACCUCCGUACCUUCAGGCUCUGAUCAGUCCCUACACCCAAAUGACGUAAAUGUAAAUGUAAAUGAGUUACUGUUAUGUGGGAAAUAUUCACUGUUUACAUAAAUAAUAUCAAAAAUAAUAAUAAUAUGCAAUUUAGCAGAUGCUUUUAAUCUAAAUCCAUUUAUAGUCAUGAAUGCAUACGUUUAAUGUACAUGUGGUCCCCUGGAAUCAAACCCACUAUCCUGCCGUUGCAUGCACCAUGCUCUGCCAACUGAGCUGCAGAGGACCAACAGUGUGAUAUCCAUCACGCUUGUCUGACCAGGAACCCAUUAAAGGUAGUGAGGUUCACAGAGUCCCGUGUUAGCCAUUAGGUGUAUGAAGACCUGAUCCCCAGGACCAGCUGUAGAGUUCACUGCAUUAGCCCCCGUUGUCAGCUCCAUCACUGCUAGACUGAUGGUCAGAGGAACUGGCCAUGCCCUCUCCAUAGUAGAAGAAACUGAAGUAGUAGACCCCUCCAAUCGGGGUGUGUGGUAGCUUAGUGGUUAAGAGCGUUGUGCCAGUAACCGAAAGGUUGCUGGUUCUAAUCCCCGAGCCGACUAGGUGAAAAAUCUGCCCUUGUGCAAGGCACUUAACCCUAAUUGCUCCUGUAAGUCGCUCUGGAUAAAUAAGAGUGUCUGCUAAAUGACUAAAAAUGUAAAUGUAAAAUGCAAUAGGGGCAGCAAAUACACCUGUACCCAGAUUGUAGGCACUGCCGAUGUUAGUGAUGACUUCUUUGUAAAUCCGUGUAGUGGCCUGGUGUUCCAUUCCAAACACCACCUGUUUUGUUUUUCCUCAAGUUGGUUCUCACUAACUUUGAGCUGGGUUUCCAUGGUUCCCAGUUUCUCCACCGUGGUGCUCAGUUUCUCCUCCAUGCCAGAUUAUUCAUCCCUGUUGGCGUUUGUCCUAUUUUGUUGCAUUACAACCUGUAAUUUAAAUGUAUUUAUAUUUGGAUUUCAUGUAAUGGACAUACACAAAAUAGUCCAAAUUGGAAUUUAAAAAAUAACUUGUUUCAAAAAAUUCUAAAACAUAAAUAAGAGAAAAGUGGUGUGUUCAUAUGGAUUCCCCCCCUUCGCUAUGAAGCCCCUAAAUAAGAUCUGGUGCAACCAAUUACCUUCAGAAGUCACAUAAUAAGUUAAAUAAAGUCCACCUGUGUGCAAUCUAAGUGUCACAUGAUCUGUCACAUGAUCUCAGUAUAUAUACACACCUGUUCUGAAAGGCCCCAGAGUCUGCAACACCACUAAGCAAGGGGCACCACCAAGCAAGCGGCACCAUGAAGACCAAGGAGCUCUCCAAACAGGUCAGGGAAGUUGUGGAGAAGUACAGAUCAGGGUUGGGUUAUAAAAAAAUAUCAGAAACUUUGAACAUCCCAUGAAGCACCAUUAAAUCCAUUAUUAAAAAAUGGAAAGAAUAUGGCACCACAACAAACCUGCCAAGAGAGGGCCGCCCACCAAAACUCACGGACCAGGAAAGGAGGGCAUUAAUCAGAGAGGCAACAAAGAGACCAAAGAUAACCCUGAAGGAGCUGCAAAGCUCCACAAUGGAGAUUGGAGUGUCUGUCCAUAGGACCACUUUAUGCCGUACACUCCACAGAGCUGUGCUUUACAGAAGAGUGACCAGAAAAAAGCCAUUGCUUUAAGAAAAAAAUAAGCAAACACGUUUGGUGUUCGCCAAAAGGCAUGUGGGAGACUCCCCAAACAUAUGGAAGAAGGUACUCUGGUCAGAUGAGACAAAAAUUGAGCUUUUUGGCCAUCAAGGAAAACGCUAUGUCAGACACCUCUCAUCACCCCGAGAACACCAUCCCCACAGUGAAGCAUGGUGGUGGCAGCAUCAUGCUGUGGGGAUGUUUUUCAUCGGCAGGGACUGGGAAACUGGUCAGAAUUGAAGGAAUGAUGGAUGGCGCUAAAUAUAGGGAAAUUCUUGAGGGAAACCUGUUUCAGUCUUCCAGAGAUUUGAGACUGGGACGAAGGUUCACCUUCCAGCAGGACAAUGACCCUAAGUAUACUGCUAAAGCAACACUUGAGUGGUUUAAAGGGAAACAUUUAAUGUUUACAUAUAUUGCACUACUCAUCUCAUAUGUAUAUACUGCAUUCUAUUCUAUAAUAUUCUACUGUAUUUUAGUCCAUGCUGCUCUGUCAUUGCUUGUCCAUAUAUGUAUAUUUUCAUAAAUUGGGCGGCAGGUAGCUUAGUGGUUAAGAGCGUUGUGCCAGUAACCGAAAGGUCGCUGGUUCUAAUCCCCGAGCCGACUAGGUGAAAAAUCUGUUGAUGUGCCCUUGAGCAAGGCACUUAACCCUAAUUGCUCCUGUAAGUCGCUCUGGAUAAGAGCGUCUGCUAAAUGACUCAAAUGUAAAAUAAAUUCCAUUCCUUACUAGUUUUGUGUGUAUUAGGUACAGUGGGGAAAAAAUGUAUUUAGUCAGCCACCAAUUGUUGAAACAAAAUGUUAGAUAACAAAGUAUUGAGAAACUUUUGUUAUUGACCAAAUACUUAUUUUCCACCAUAAUUUGCAAAUAAAUUCAUUAAAAAUCCUACAAUGUGAUUUUCUGGAUUUUUUCUCUCUCAAUUUGUCUGUCAUAGUUGACGUGUACCUAUGAUGAAAAUUACAGGCCUCUCUCAUCUUUUUAAGUGGGAGAACUUGCACAAUUGGUGGCUGACUAAAUACUUUUUUCCCCCACUGUACUUUUACCUCCCUGUUUCUUCAUCUCACUGUUAGUGACUUUCACUGUGGCCGUAUUAACCACACGCACGGCUGCAAAGCCUGCACUAUUUCAUCCCGAUGAAAAUGUUGGUCCAUUACCACCGCAAUAGGUUUCAAACCUGCCAUCAACGCAGACGUACACGUUCUAUCGAUGUACUCACGUACCCAGUCUCACGUUCUAUCGAUGUACUCACGUACCCAGUCUCACGUUCUAUCGAUGUACUCACGUACCCAGUCUCACGUUCUAUCGAUUGUACUCACGUACCCAGUCUCACGUUCUAUCGAUGUACUCACGUACCCAGUCUCACGUUCUAUCGAUGUACUCACGUACCCAGUCUAACGUUCUAUGGAUGUACUCACGUACCCAGUCUUGUCAUGCUGAGUACAUCUAUGUGCGGCAGGUAGCUUUAGUGGUUAAGAGCGUUGUGCCAGUAACCGAAAGGUCGCUGGUUCUAAUCCCCGAGCCGACUAGGUGAAAAAUCUGUCAAUGUGCCCUUGAGCAAGGCACUUAACCCUAAUUGCUCCUGUAAGUCGCUCUGGAUAAGAGCGUCUGCUAAAUGACCAAUUAUUAUCUACUAAUUUUGGUUUUUAUUGGUUUUGCUUUUCUGUUGAUAGAACGCUGACAUCAAAAUGCUGGUGUAUUGAGAAUUUGGAUUUUUCUUUUAUGUCAUUGUGCCAACUCACAAUAGCAUCUCUCAAUUCUUUAUUAGAUUGCAAUUUUCCGUCAGCAAGGAAGUGCUGACCAAUCUUAUCCAGUUUGCUACAUUUUUCCCAUAUUUGAGCCGAAUGGGUAGAAUGCUUGUGCGUCUCUUUCAGCGCCUCUAUGGCUUUAUUAAACUGUUCUUCCUCUAGCCUUUACAUGGAGAAUCGGGGUCGCCGUUCGCCAUUUCAAUAAUUAUUAUUCCGACGCCUCUCCCGACGGUGUCCAGAGUGUUUACAUUUCCUCACCCCACGGCUCCUAAUAUACGCCUAUUUUUUUUACACAAAAUGUAGCCAGUUAUACCCACUUCCCGGAGAGUAGUUACGGUAUAGGUACCUAAUAAUUUGGUCACAAGACCUGAUACCUUGUAUUGAACACAAUACUGAAGCAUCUGACAAUUUACUACUGUAGAAUACAGGAGACCUGAUGUCUUAUACCAGCGUCACGCUUCAAAUAUCACUGUUGUUGACAACACACAUAACCAAAAUUAUUCACAGUUGUCUUCCUAUUUCCACAUAAUCUGUCACGGUUCCAACCUCUCUUCUUAUUGCUACAUUUACAUUUUAGUCAUUUAGCAGACGCUCUUAUCCAGAGCGACUUACAGUUAGUGCAUACAGUAUUUUUUUAUACCCCCCGUGGGAAUCGAACCCACAACCCUGGCGUUGCAAACGCCAUGCUCUACAUCCCCGCCGGCUAUUCCCUCCCCUACCCUGGGCCAAUUGUGCGCCGCCCCAUGGGUCUCCCAGUCGCGGCCGGCUACGACAGAGCCUGGAUUCGAAUCAGGAUCUCUAGUGGCACAGCUAGCACUGCAAUGCAGUGCCUUAAACCACUGUACCACUGCUAAUACACACAAAUCAGGUUCAAACUAUUUAUUUUUUGCCUUUUUUAACCAUGAAUGAGGCUCCUCCUCCAUGAAUGAGGCUCCUCCUUCAGAACGUAUAGGCAACCUUUACUUCUUAACCUAACCUCCAUUGACCCCACCAUAUACAUUCCUCAUACAUGUAAUCAUUAACUUCUAGUAUAGCAAGUAUUUCAAGCUAGAAUCCAACAAAGAUAACAUUAAGGUUAGGACAAGUUAUGAUUCGAUGCGGAAGCUUUUUGAAAAUAAGCAGAUUAAUGGGACCAGCGCUGUCGCUGACGCUAACUAGCAGCUCUGUUGCUAACUACCAGCGCUGACGCUAACUAGCAGCUCUGUUGCUAACUACCAGCGCUGACGCUAACUAGCAGCUCUGUUGCUAACUACCAGCGCUGACGCUAACUAGCAGCUAUGUUGCUAACUACCAGCGCUGAUGCUAACUAGCAGCUCUGUUGCUAACUACCAGCGCUGACGCUAACUAGCAUAGCUGUCCCAUUGUUGCAAAUAGUUCUGGGAUAUUAGAAUCCUCUUGUCCUAACCUUUGUCAUCUUCAACCUUUGCUCCUAUGACCGUCACAGCCCUGAUUCAUACAGCAUUAUGACCGUCACAGCCCCGACUCAUACAGCAUUAUGACCGUCACAGCCCCGACUCAUACAGCAUUAUGACCGUCACAGCCCUGAUUCAUACAGCAUUAUGACCGUCUCAGCCCCGACUCAUACAGCAUUAUGACCGUCACAGCCCCGACUCAUACAGCAUUAUGACCGUCACAGCCCUGACUCAUACAGCAUUAUGACCGUCACAGCCCUGACUCAUACAGCAUUAUGACCGUCACAGCCCUGACUCAUACAGCAUUAUGACCGUCACAGCCCUGACUCAUACAGCAUUAUGACCGUCACAGCCCCGACUCAUACAGCAUUAUGACCGUCACAGCCCCGUCUCAUACAGCAUUAUGACCGUCACAGCCCUGACUCAUACAGCAUUAUGACCGUCACAGCUCUGACUCAUACAGCAUUAUGACCGUCACAGCACUAACUCAUACAGCAUUAUGACCGUCACAGCCCCGACUCAUACAGCAUUAUGACCGUCACAGCACUAACUCAUACAGCAUUAUGACCGUCACAGCCCCGACUCAUACAGCAUUAUGACCGUCACAGCCCCGUCUCAUACAGCAUUAUGACCGUCACAGCCCUGACUCAUACAGCAUUAUGACCGUCACAGCUCUGACUCAUACAGCAUUAUGACCGUCACAGCCCCGACUCAUACAGCAUUAUGACCGUCUCAGCCCCGACUCAUACAGCAUUAUGACCGUCACAGCACUAACUCAUACAGCAUUAUGACCGUCACAGCCCCGACUCAUACAGCAUUAUGACCGUCACAGCACUAACUCAUACAGCAUUAUGACCGUCACAGCCCCGACUCAUACAGCAUGGACAUUGUGAGCAGGGGUGAAAGUACGGUCUGGUACGGCUUCCCGGCAAAAUAAAUAGCUGUACCGGUAAAAUAUUAGUUCCCUUUAAUCCCCCAGGACUGCUGCGCAGAAUAAAUAUCAGCCCGGGCAGAGAAGCACGAGAUUGAACUUCACUCAACUUUCCAGAGUUUUCCCCCUUAGUUAACACUUUCAACGUUUCCCUUUACUGAGGGAAUUGUGAUCGAAUCAACGCAAUACUAGCCACUUUCAAUGCAACAUAAUGAAACAAAACCUGCAAUUCGCUCAGAGCCUACAUCUUUCUGAGGGAACAUUGCCUAUCAAGAUAUUUAAAACAAAGAUGCCAACCUGACCUCUCUACCACAUAUAUAGGCUACAUUACAUUUAGCAGACGCUCUUAUCCAGAGCAACUUACAGUUAGUGCAUACAUUUUUUAAAUACUGGAAUCGAACCCACAUUGCAAACGCCAUGCUCUACCAACUGAGCUACAUCCCUGCCGGCCAUUCCCUCCCCUACCCUGGACCAAUUGUGCGCCGCCCCAUGGGUCUCCUGGUCGCGGCCGGCUACGACAGAGCCUGGAUUCGAACCAGGAUCUCUAGUGGCACAGCUAGCACUGCGAUGCAGCGCCUUAGACCACUGCGCCACUCGGGAGAACAUAGUACAUUCACAUUCCUGCUCCAACUUCCCCUUAUGUCCUCUCCAGGGAGUGUUUCGGGAAGAAGUUGGAUGUAUUGCGUCAGCUGUCAGAGUCCAGUGGAGACAAGGUUCCUCUGUCUGACCUGUUGGUGUCGCUGUUCUACUCUCCUAUACAACACAUCCACGAGUACAGCAGGCUGCUUCUCAAGCUGGCCACCUGUUUCGAUGUGGUACGUACGUUCCGUUUAGCCAUAUUUCUAACAGGUUCCAAACUCUUUGUUUGAAUGUUGAGUCACUGUAUCUUCUCAUCUAUUUCGCUUCACUUCUCUUUUCUUCUCAAUCAAUCAAUCAAUCAAUCAAUCAAUCACAUUUAAAGCCUUUCUCCUGGUAAUCUCAGAGUACAGUGGAAUACCAGAGGCUGCAGGAGGGCUACUCCAGGUAUGAGGCACUAUCUUUCAGCCUGAGGAGGAAGAGGAAGGAGUCAGAGACAACUAACCAGUUCUGGAAGACAUAUUCUGGGAAAACUACUGUGAGUAAGAGUGGUCCAGUCACAGAUAUUACAGAACCAGAGACAUUCUGGUGUGGGUCCAUUAACUGUCAAUACAUAUUGAGCCAUCUCCAGUACCGUAAUGGAAGAGCACUAGUUAUCCUGUCUAUAGAUGUCACUGGUUAUCCUGUCUAUAGAUCUCACUGGUAAUCCUUUCUAUACAUCUCACUGGUUAUCCUGUCUAUAGAUCUCACUGGUUAUCCUGUCUAUAGAUCUCACUGGUUAUCCUGUCUAUAGAUCUCACUGGUAAUCCUUUCUAUACAUCUCACUGGUUAUCCUGUCUAUAGAUCUCACUGGUAAUCCUGUCUAUAGAUCUCACUGGUAAUCCUGUCUAUAGAUCUCACUGGUUAUCCUGUCUAUAGAUCUCACUGGUUAUCCUGUCUAUAGAUCUCACUGGUUAUCCUGUCUAUAGAUCUCACUGGUUAUCCUGUCUAUAGAUCUCACUGGUUAUCCUGUCUAUAGAUCUCACUGGUUAUCCUGUCUAUAGAUCUCACUGGUAAUCCUUUCUAUACAUCUCACUGGUUAUUCUGUCUAUAGAUCUCACUGGUUAUCCUGUCUAUAGAUCUCACUGGUUAUCCUGUCUAUAGAUCUCACUGGUUAUCCUGUCUAUAUAUCUCACUGGUUAUCCUGUCUAUAGAUCUCACUGGUUAUCCUGUCUAUAGAUCUCACUGGUUAUCCUGUCUAUAGAUCUCACUGGUUAUCCUGUCUAUAGAUCUCACUGGUUAUCCUGUCUAUAGAUCUCACUGGUUAUCCUGUCUAUAGAUCUCACUGGUUAUCCUGUCUAUAGAUCUCACUGGUUAUCCUGUCUAUAGAUCUCACUGGUUAUCCUUUCUAUAGAUCUCACUGGUUAUCCUGUCUAUAGAUCUCACUGGUUAUCCUUUCUAUAGAUCUCACUGGUUAUCCUGUCUAUAGAUGUAAUGCUUCUUACUGUUAGCCUGGUCUCAGAUCAGAUUGUCCUUCAGAAGCCCCAGGCUGCUAUAUAUUCUACUACUAGGACGGUCACCACUAGAGGAGAGAAUAAGGUACUCUGUUCUCUGUUCUCUGCUCUCUGCUCCCAGGAUGUCCUUCAGACGCCCCAGCGCAGGCUGGUGUAUGAAAGCAGCGACAAGAGCCUGACCCUCCAGAACGCUGGGAGGUUCUCUGUUAACCGGUUCAUCCUGUUCAACGACGCUCUGAUUCAUGCACAGGUAAGAGUCUAUGGGAACCAAAAUCUCUAAACAGUAGUCAACAUCAUCAACAUCAUUUAGGCUAAACCGGAAAGACCUGAGUAGCAUUUAUCUCAACUCUGAAUCGGGCCUUUAAGGCCUUAGCAGACUGUACGUCGGAUUCAGUCUUUUCACGAUUAUCACGUCACGCUGUGCGAUGUAACCAAAUUAAAAUGUUGAUAUCAACCUGGCCAGAUUGUACGAUUGGCUUGGCUUGUAUUUGAUCUGCGCGUGUGACAGCACCAGCACCAACACCAGCACCAGCACCAGCACCAACACCAACACCAGCACCAACACCAGCACCAGCACCAGCACCAACACCAACACCAGCACCAACACCAGCACCAACACCAGCACCAGCACCAACACCAGCACCAACACCAACACCAACACCAGUACCAGCACCAACACCAGCACCAACACCAGCACCAGCACCAACACCAGCACCAACACGAGCACCAGCACCAACACCAACACCAGCACCAACACCAGCACCAACACCAGCACCAACACCAACACCAACACCAACACCAGCACCAGCACCAACACCAGCACCAACACCAACACCAACACCAACACCAGCACCAGCACCAGCACCAGCAACGCAAGCCUCUCUCUUAUUGAAACCAGUAGGCCUCCUGUAGCUCAGUUGGUAGAGCAAAAUAUUUGUCACACCUGCCAUACCCAUCAAGCCUCAGAGCUUCUCAGCAGACUGGUUGUCUGAGUUAGAGAGAGAAUUCACACACACACACACACACACACACACACACACACAGACACACACACACACACACACACACACACAGACACACACACAGACACACACACAGACACACACACACACACACACAGACACACACACGCAUGCCACGCACACACGCACACACAGACACACCACAGACACACACACACACACACACACUCACGCACACGCAGACACACACACACACACACACACACACACACACACGCACACACACACGCCAGACACACACACGCAGACACACACACACCACCAGACACACACACACACGCAGACACACACACACACAGACACACACACACACACGCACACACACAGACACACACACACGCACGCACGCACACGCACGCAUGCACACGCACGCACGCACGCACACGCACGCACGCACACGCACACGCAUGCACACGCACGCACGCACACGCACGCACGCACACGCACGCACGCACGCACACGCGCACCCCUCUGUCCCCUGUAGCUCAGUUGGUAGAGCGUGGCGCUUGCAACGCCAGGGUUGUGGGUUCGAUUCCCACGGGGGGGCCAGUAUGAAAACUGUAUGCACUCACUAACUGUAAGUCGUUCUGGAUAAGAGCGUCUGCUAAAUGACUAAAAUGUAAAAUGUAAAUGCAGGAGUGAAAUGUGUUUGGAAAAACAGAAAUUAUGCAUCUUUGAAAUAGUUUUCACAUAGAAACUUUAUAUGUCCGAACUCAGAAUCAAAAGGCUUCCCAUGAUUGCUAUGUUAGAACGUUUAUUUUGAUUGGAGAUUUUGUGCAUUUAUCAAAGUCCCAUCAGGUAGCAUGAUUUCAGAUGUCACGUAAUCAAGAUUAUAAAGGUAAUCGUUAUUUUUGCAAAGCAUGUAAACGUUUAAAUCCAACUAUUAUAUUAAUCUAACUAUUAACAAUAAUCGGAUUAUUGUGUGCAUAUUCAGGGUUCAUAUUGGUCGGUCACCAGGAUCGGCUCAUAAUACCAGCCACACUACACGACAAAGGCAAAAACAUUCUGACACUGCCAGAACUUUGUUGGAGCCUAAGACUGCACGAAGUGGUACUUAAUCAGCAGACAUAGACCCUGUCGCACUGAACGGGGAAAUAUUGAUUGGGACGGUAAAAUCAUGGCAUAAAACGGCUAAAAUCGUACAGUCUGCAGAGGCCUUUACUAAACAGCUAUUGGAACCACAGUGAAAGAGUGGGUAAGGGACUAUUGAAACCAAUGAAAGAGUUGGUAAGGGACUAUUGAAACCAAUGAAAGAGUUGGUAAGGGACUAUUGAAACCAAUGAAAGAGUUGGUAAGGGACUAUUGAAACCAAUGAAAGAGUUGGUAAGGGACUAUUGAAACCAAUGAAAGAGUUGGUAAGGGACUAUUGAAACCAAUGAAAGGGUUGGUAAGGGCCUAUUGAAACCAAUGAAAGAGUUAGUAAGGGCCUAUUGAAACCAAUGAAAGAGUUGGUAAGGGCCUAUUGAAACCAAUGAAAGAGUUGGUAAGGGACUAUUGAAACCAAUGAAAGAGUUGGUAAGGGAACUAUUGAAACCAAUGAAAGAGUUGGUAAGGGACUAUUGAAAGCAAUGAAAGAGUUGGUAAGGGCCUAUUGAAACCAAUGAAAGAGUUGGUAAGGGCCUAUUGAAACCAAUGAAAGAGUUGGUAAGGGACUAUUGAAACCAAUGAAAGAGUUGGUAAGAGACUAUUGAAACCAAUGAAAGAGUUGGUAAGGGCCUAUUGAAACCAAUGAAAGAGUUGGUAAGGGACUAUUGAAACCAAUGAAAGAGUUGGUAAGGGACUAUUGAAACCAAUGAAAGAGUUGGUAAGGGCCUAUUGAAACCAAUGAAAGAGUUGGUAAGGGCCUAUUGAAACCAAUUAAAGAGUUGGUAAGGGACUAUUGAAACCAAUGAAAUAGUUGGUAAGAGACUAUUGAAACCAAUGAAAGAGUUGGUAAGGGACUAUUGAAACCAAUGAAAGAGUUGGUAAGAGACUAUUGAAAGCAAUGAAAGAGUUGGUAAGGGCCUAUUGAAACCAAUGAAAGAGUUGGUAAGGGCCUAUUGAAACCAAUGAAAGAGUGGGUAAGGGCCUAUUGAAACCAAUGAAAGAGUUGGUAAGGGCCUAUUGAAACCAAUGAAAGAGUGGGUAAGGGACUAUUGAAACCAAUGAAAGAGUUGGUAAGGGACUAUUGAAACCAAUGAAAGAGUUGGUAAGGGACUAUUGAAAGCAAUGAAAGAGUUGGUAAGGGCCUAUUGAAACCAAUGAAAGAGUUGGUAAGAGACUAUUGAAACCAAUGAAAGAGUUGGUAAGGGCCUAUUGAAACCAAUGAAAGAGUUAGUAAGGGACUAUUGAAACCAAUGAAAGAGUUGGUAAGGGACUAUUGAAAGCAAUGAAAGAGUUGGUAAGGGCCACUUCUAUAAUGUUGAUGUUAUGUGUCUUUAUUCUGUCGUGGUACCACCCCCUCUAACAGCUUUGUAAGUAAACGAUGUCUGCUGUUGUCUUGGGAUAGAACCUGUCCUUCCCUUCUCUGCUGCUGUAUCUCCUGGGUUCUUAUGGCUCGGCUUUAGAAAGCUUGAACUGAGACUCCCAGGCCAAGUGCUGCCCUUGGCUGCCUGUAUGUCUGUUCUGGGUGUGGGGGUGAUAGUGGAACAAUGUCCUGGGUUAGGAGCUUUCACUUCACUACCUGUUGCACCAGCUCAGGCUUUGUCCUCCUGUUGUAUUUACACAGCACAAGGCCUUAUCAGCAGUGACUCACAGUGCAAGUUUGACCUGGCUCUAACCUGGCUGUAACACUGCAUCACUGUCCUUUGAAAAGGUCCUUUUCAAUGAACACUGGUGUCCUUCAUGCUGGUUUAUUGUGUUGGCAGUAGGUGACUUCCUCUGUUGGAGCUGUGGUGACUGCUAUAGGCUGUGGUGACUGCUAUAGGUUACUGCUCUCUCUGUUGGAGCUGUGGUGACUGCUAUAUACUGCUCUCUCUGUUGGAGCUGUGGUGACUGCUAAUAGGCUGUGGUGACUGCUAUGCUGCUGCCCUGUUGGCGCUGUGGUGACUGCUAUAGGCUGUGGUGACUGCUAUAGGUUACUGCUCUCUCUGUUGGAGCUGUGGUGACUGCUAUAGGCUGUGGUGACUGCUAUAGGUUACUGCUCUCUCUGUUGGCGCUGUGGUGACUGCUAUAGGCUGUGGUGACUGCUAUAUACUGCUCUCUCUGUUGGAGCUGUGGUGACUGGUAUAUACUGCUCUCUCUGUUGGAGCUGUGGUGACUGCUAUAGGCUGUGGUGACUGCUAUAGGUUACUGCUCUCUCUGUUGGAGCUGUGGUGACUGCUAUAGGCUGUGGUGACUGCUAUAGGUUACUGCUCUCUCUGUUGGAGCUGUGGUGACUGCUAUAGGCUGUGGUGACUGCUAUAGGCUGUGGUGACUGCUAUAGGUUACUGCCCUCUCUGUUGGAGCUGUGGUGACUGCUAUAGGCUGUGGUGACUGCUAUAGGUUACUGCUCUCCUCUGUUGGAGCUGUGGUGACUGCUAUAGGCUGUGGUGACUGCUUAGGCUACUGCUCUCUCUGUUGGCGCUGGUGUGCUAUAGGCUGUGGUGACUGCUAUAGGUUACUGCUCUCUCUGUUGGAGCUGUGGUGACUGCUAUAGGCUGCUGCUCUCUCUGUUGGAGCUGUGGUGACUGCUAUAGGCUGUGGUGACUGCUAUAGGUUACUGCUCUCUCUGUUGGAGCUGUGGUGACUGCUAUAGGCUGUGGUGACUGCUAUAGGCUACUGCUCUCUCUGUUGGCGCUGUGGUGACUGCUAUAGGCUAUGGUGACUGCUAUAGGUUACUGCUCUCUCUGUUGGCGCUGUGGUGACUGCUAUAGGCUGUGGUGACUGCUAUAGGUUACUGCUCUCUCUGUUGGCGCUGUGGUGACUGCUAUAGGCUGUGGUGACUGCUAUAGGCUACUGCUCUCUCUGUUGGAGCUGUGGUGACUGCUAUAGGCUGUGGUGACUGCUAUAGGUUACUGCUCUCUCUGUUGGAGCUGUGGUGACUGCUAUAGGUUACUGCUCUCUCUGUUGGAGCUGUGGUGACUGCUAUAGGCUGUGGUGACUGCUAUAGGCUACUGCUCUCUCUGUUGGAGCUGUGGUGACUGCUAUAGGCUGUGGUGACUGCUAUAGGCUACUGCUCUCUCUGUUGGAGCUGUGGUGACUGCUUAUAUACUGCUCUCUCUGUUGGAGCUGUGGUGACUGCUUAUAUACUGCUCUCUCUGUUGGAGCUGUGGUGACUGCUAUAGGCUGUGGUGACUGCUAUAGGCUACUGCUCUCUCUGUUGGAGCUGUGGUGACUGCUAUAGGCUACUGCUCUCUCUGUUGGAGCUGUGGUGACUGCUAUAGGUUACUGCUCUCUCUGUUGGAGCUGUGGUGACUGCUAUAGGCUGUGGUGACUGCUAUAGGCUACUGCUCUCUCUGUUGGAGCUGUGGUGACUGCUAUAGGCUGUGGUGACUGCUAUAGGUUACUGCUCUCUCUGUUGGCGCUGUGGUGACUGCUAUAGGCUGUGGUGACUGCUAUAGGCUGUGGUGACUGAUAUAGGCUGCUGCUCUCUCUGUUUCUGUGGUGGUGGUUUUUCAUUUUCUCUCAUUUCACUUCUUGUCACUAGAGUUCCUUCUCCUCUUUGUCUCAUGAUCACUACAUCCUCGUAAGGUCUAGACAGUAGCCACACACACACACACACCAACACACACACACAUCAACACACACACACACACACCAACACACACACACAUCAACACACACACACACACCAACACACACACACAUCAACACACACACACACACCAACACACACACACAUCAACACACACACACGGCUUCUGCAGAAGGGGAAGAGACUCAUCCAGAAAGCUAUUGAUUCAGCAUAUACUGAAAAAUGACUCUACGUGUACUGUAACACAAACAGAAGAAAUACAGAAAUUACACAAUCCAAAUCACAAUAUAAAGAAUGACAUUUCUUUUAAAGUUGCGUAACGUGGUUAAAAACUAUAUCUAUAAUCACUGAGUGGACAAAUCAUUAGGUACACCUGCUCUUUCCAUGACAGAGACUGACCAGGUGAAUCCAGGUGAAAGCUGUGAUCCCUUAUUGAUGUCACCUGUUAAAUUCAUUUCAAAUCAGUGUAGAUGAAGGGGAGGAGACAGGUUAAAGGAGGAUUUUUAAGCCUUGAGACAAUUGAGACAUGGAUUGUGUAUGUGUGUCAUUCAGAGGGUGAAUGGGCAAGACAAAAGAUUGAAGUGCCUUUGAACGGGGUAUGGUCGUAGGUGCCAGGCGCACCGGUUUGUGUCAAGAACUGCAACGCUGUUGGGUUUUUCACGCUCAACAUUUUCCCGUGUGUAUCAAGAAUGGUCCACCACCCAAAGGACAUCCAGCCAACUUGACACAACUGUGGGAAGCAUUGGAGUCAACAUGGGCCAGCAUCCCUGUGGAAUACUUUCAACACCUUGUAGAGUCCAUGCCCUGACGAAUUGAGGCUGUUCUGAGGGCGAAAGGGGGGAGGGGUGCAACUCAAUAUUAGGAAGGUGUUCCUAAUGUUUUGUACACUCAGUGUAGUUUUGUGUUACCAGACAUCACAGGCGUCGAGGCAAGUUAUACUGUAACACAAGGAAUUCUGUUUGAUUGAAACAAGUGCCCCAGCCUUAAACAAACAUAGAAAUGCACUGCACUGUCACUGCAUUGUGACUGCACUGUGACUGCACUGUGACUGCAUUGUGACUGCACUGUGACUGCAUUGUGACUGCACUGUGACUGCACUGUGACUGCAUUGUGACUGCACUGUGACUGCACUGUGACUGCACUGUGACUGCAUUGUGACUGCACUGUGACUGCACUGUGACUGCACUGUGACUGCACUGUGACUGCACUGUGACUGCACUGCGAUUGCACUGUGACUGCACUGUGACUGCACUGUGACUGCACUGUGACUGCACUGUGACUGCAUUGUGACUGCACUGUGACUGCACUGUGACUGCACUGUGACUGCACUGUGACUGCACUGUGACUGCACUGUGACUGCACUGACAUCACUGUUCUGUCUCCCUUCAGUUCUCAUCUCACCAUGUCUACCCUCUGGCCACUCUCUGGGUGGAGCCCGUCACGGACAUCACUGCCAGCAGCAACCAGUGAGUUUAGUCUACCUGCUAUCCUUCUGUCAACCAAUAACUAACUAGCCUCGACUCCUGCUGUUCUAGCAAAGGAGAAUAAGGUGUUGAGGUCUGGUAACACCAUUUAAUGUUGUUGUCAUUCUUCUGCCCCCAAGGUAUGGAAUUAAGGUGACAACUCCAGAGGAGAGCUUCACUCUGCUGGCCUCCUCCCCUCAGGAAAAGGUACGUCUUCUCAGUCCAGUGUCUGGGUAUCUACACCUCAUUAAUCCCGACUCUGCUAGCCUCUAAGGUUGAUGUGUUCUGGCACUGUGUCCUCCCUCUGUCCCUCCAGGCGAAGUGGCUGAGGGCUAUUAACCAGGCCGUGGAGGUGGUGUUGACCGGAGAGGGGAGCGGUGCUGGGGUCCCUGCUGUCUCUCGUACCGCCUCCUACGUCUUCUGUAAAGACCUCCGUCUGAAGGACGCCUCCUACUCAGGCCGCUGGCUGUCUGGCAAGCCCCACGGCAAGUGAGUCUGGGGGGGAGGGGAAGGUUUUACAGAAAACCCUGUGUGAUCAGGGCAACUGGAGAAGACCUCUAAGACUAAUCAUUUGUAUUAGCUCGAUUAUUUACACUUUCUAGUAGGCAUACAUCCUUAACAUACACGUCUGCAUUAUUGUACAAAAAGGCCAAAGUAAUGUGUUGACAGAUUUGUCUCCUUCCUUUCGAACAGAGGGACCAUGAAAUGGCCAGAUGGCAGAACGUUCACAGGGACAUUUAAACAAGGACUGGAGGACGGGUCAGUGUUAGCCUGGUUAAUGCAGAGUUCAGAGUUCAGACUGGUUUAACCAGGCGGUGUGGGAGGCAUGGUGAACAUCCAGAUGGUCCUGUUCUUCUGUUGUAACCGGUGUGUUGUCUCUUGUGUCUGUAGCUACGGAGACUGUAAAAUGCCAAACAAGCUCCUCGACAAGAGUGAUCGUUACCAGGGCCACUGGAGAGAUGGGAAGAUGCAUGGCUUUGGGACGUACAAGUGAGUUACUGUGUCCACCUGUAUAUGCCACAGGGCUGGGGUCAAACUUGUAGAAUUGCUAAUUUAGCAACGUCGCCUGGGGCCUGUUCAGGAGACUAACUUAAGAAGUAUUGUUGUCACGAUACGAACAUUUUACUACCGAUACGUUACCAGGCCAAGUAUCACGACACCGAGUAGUAUCGCGAUACCACGGGUGAAAAACAUGAGAGGGGCUUAGCAUCCUCCUGUUAGCCCCGUCCCCCCUGUUAGCGCCGUCCCCCCAUACGCUUGGUCCCAUUCUAGAAACGUUAUGUGCAAGGGCUACGUAAAAACCUGUCACUGAUAUUCACACUUCUACUCAAUACAACACAUAUUGAAUUAACUUCACACUGUUCACUGAUAUUCACACUUCUACUCAAUACAACACAUAUUGAAUUAACUUCACACUGUUCACUGAUAUUCACACUUCUACUCAGUACAAACACAUAUUGAAUUAACUUCACACUGUUCACUGAUAUUCACACUUCUACUCAAUACAACACAUAUUGAAUUAACUUCACACUGUUCACUGAUAUUCACACUUCUACUCAGUACAACACAUAUUGAAUUAAUUUCACACUGUUCACUGAUAUUCACACUUCUACUCAGUACAACACAUAUUGAAUUAACUUCACACUGUUCACUGAUAUUCACAGUUCUACUCAAUACAACACAUAUUGAAUUAACUUCACACUGUUCACUGAUAUUCACACUUCUACUCAGUACAACACAUAUUGAAUUAACUUCACACGGUUCACUGAUAUUCACACUUCUACUCAGUACAACACAUAUUGAAUUAACUUCACACUGUUCACUGAUAUUCACACUUCUACUCAGUACAACACAUAUUGAAUUAACUUCACACUGUUCACUGAUAUUCACACUUCUACUCAGUACAACACAUAUUGAAUUAACUUCACACUGUUCACUGAUAUUCACACUUCUACUCAGUACAACACAUAUUGAAUUAACUUCACACUGUUCACUGAUAUUCACACUUCUACUCAAUACAACACAUAUUGAAUUAACUUCACACUGUUCACUGUAUAAUAUAAUACUGCAUAGAAUGGCUGAUUUGCUCAUAUUCACAAAGGCAUACCUGUGAUUUGGCUGGAGGAAUUGGAGGAAGGAAUAUACAUGCAUAAUGAUCUGCAUGUCAUUGUGUCAGUCAGGGGAAAACACUGGAUAAUGAUCUGCAUGUCAUUGUGUCAGUCAGGGGAAAACACUGCAUAAUUUAUUUUUAAUUUUUUAUGUAACCUUUAUUUAUACAAGUUUUUCUCAUUGAGAUCAAAUCUCUUUUUCCAAGAGAGACCUGGUCCAACAGCAGCAGGGGUCCAACAACUUACAUACACUAACACAACAUUAAACACAACUAUAGACACACAUACAGUACAGAAAUUACAUAUUACGUAAAGAAACACGAAUGUCAUAACCAAUGAUCUGAAAACACUGCAUAAUGAUCUGCAUGAAACCUUUACUCUUCAGUUAAAACACACAUGAUCUCCCUCCCUCUCUCUCUCAUACAUACACACACACACACACACAACACACACACACACACAUACACACACACACACACACACACAGAAAUCUCCUUUCCUCUCUCUCUCAUAAACACACCCUCCCUCCCUCAUAAACACACACACAUACACAGAAAUCUCCCUCCCUCUCUCUCUCAUAUACACACACAUCCUCCCUCCCUCUCUCUCAUAAACACACACACACGCAAAUCUCCCUCCCUCCCUCUCUCUCUCUCUCAUAAACACACACACAUCUCCCUCCCUCCCUCCCUCCCUCCCUCCCUCCCUUCCUCACACACUCUGUAUCCUUUUCUCUCUCCAAUAAACACAUGCACACCAACUGUUAAAACGUUAGGCACCAAACAGAAUUUAAGGAGCUCCAGAAAGAGGUAGAUGUUUGAUCCGGUUUAGUCUUCCAUUAGGUCUGUAUGAAUCCUACCUCUGAAGCACAUCUCAUGAGUAGCAGACCCUGUUCAUUUCUUCCUGGGCCAAUCAGAUGAGCCUCAACCUACUGUCAGGUUAGCAGGUUGUUAGCUAGCUAGGUAACAUGACUGAACAACGUGUGUUAUCAAACCAAUAAUUAGCGAUCCAGGAUUAGUUUAAAACGGCCCGCGACAUGGUUUGUGAAAUUAUAUCAAAUGUGCGCGAAAUCGUACAGGAAGAUAAAAGGCUCCAGAAUUAUGAGUCAUAAUUCUUUGAACCUGUUUGAGCUCGAGAGAAGCCAUUUUCUUUGCUGUGAAGCUGUAAACAUGGCUGUAAACAUGGCUGUCAACAUGGCUGUAAACAUGGCUGUAAACAUGGCUGUCAACAUGGCUGUAAACAUGGCUGUCAACAUGGCUGUAAACAUGGCUGUAAACAUGGCUGUAAACAUGGCUGUCAACAUGGCUGUAAACAUGGCUGUCAACAUGGCUGUAAACAUGGCUGUCAACAUGGCUGUAAACAUGGCUGUCAACAUGGCUGUAAACAUGGCUGUCAACAUGGCUGUAAACAUGGCUGUAAACAUGGCUGUCAACAUGGCUGUAAACAUGGCUGUCAACAUGGCUGUAAACAUGGCUGUAAACAUGGCUGUCAACAUGGCUGUCAACAUGGCUGUCAACAUGGCUGUAAACAUGGCUGUCAACAUGGCUGUAAACAUGGCUGUAAACAUGGCUGUAAACAUGGCUGUCAACAUGGCUGUAAACAUGGCUGUCAACAUGGCUGUAAACAUGGCUGUCAACAUGGCUGUAAACAUGGCUGUCAACAUGGCUGUCAACAUGGCUGUCAACAUGGCUGUUUCCCUCUCUGGCACUGCUGCAUGACAGCGAACUUACCAUGGUAACGGUAUACUGUGGAACACUAAUAUGAAGGGGAGGUGCUAUCGGAACUUGUCCAAUAAGACAUUUUUGUUUUCUGUUUUAAAAUGUUUUGCUACAUUGUACCCUGCUGUAGGCUCAGGUUUGUUAACCAUUCUCUCCAGGUAUAUUACAGGUGUAUGGUUGUAGUUCUCUCCAGGUAUGCUACAGGUGUAUGACUGUAGUUCUCUCCAGGUAUUUUACAGGUGUAUGACUGUAGUUCUCUCCAGGUAUGCUACAGGUCAGGUGUAUGACUGUAGUUUUCUCCAGGUAUUUUACAGGUGUAUGGUUGUAGUUCUCUCCAGGUAUAUUACAGGUGUAUGGUUGUAGUUCUCUCCAGGUAUAUUACAGGUGUAUGAUUGUAGUUCUCUCCAGGUAUAUUACAGGUGUAUGGUUGUAGUUUUCUCCAGGUAUUUUACAGGUGUAUGAUUGUAGUUCUCUCCAGGUAUAUUACAGGUGUAUGGUUGUAGUUCUCUCCAGGUAUUUUACAGGUGUAUGGUUGUAGUUCUCUCCAGGUAUAUUACAGGUGUAUGAUUGUAGUUUUCUCCAGGUAUUUUACAGGUGUAUGAUUGUAGUUCUCUCCAGGUAUAUUACAGGUGUAUGGUUGUAGUUCUCUCCAGGUAUAUUACAGGUGUAUGGUUGUAGUUCUCUCCAGGUAUAUUACAGGUGUAUGGUUGUAGUUCUCUCCAGGUAUUUUACAGGUGUAUGGUUGUAGUUCUCUCCAGGUAUGUUACAGGUGUAUGGUUGUAGUUCUCUCCAGGUAUUUUACAGGUGUAUGAUUGUAGUUCUCUCCAGGUAUAUUACAGGUGUAUGGUUGUAGUUCUCUCCAGGUAUAUUACAGGUGUAUGGUUGUAGUUCUCUCCAGGUAUAUUACAGGUGUAUGGUUGUAGUUCUCUCCAGGUAUUUUACAGGUGUAUGGUUGUAGUUCUCUCCAGGUAUGUUACAGGUGUAUGGUUGUAGUUCUCUCCAGGUAUAUUACAGGUGUAUGAUUGUAGUUCUCUCCAGGUAUGUUACAGGUGUAUGACUGUAGUUUUCUCCAGGUAUGCUACAGGUAUAUGACUGUAGUUUUCUCCAGGUAUGCUACAGGUCAGGUGUAUGAGGGAUCCUUCCAUGAUAACAUCCGUCAGGGCCAUGGGAUGCUGAGCUCUGGGAAGCUGAUUGGCUCUUCCUCCAGUGUGUUCGUUGGCCAAUGGCUUCAGGACAAGAAGAUGGGAUAUGGAGUCUUUGAUGACAUCACUAGGUAUAGUACAGCACUUGAUUGACUUGAUUUGUCAUCAUCAGUUGAUACAAACUUCCAGCUGUGGUUGCUUAGCCUGGUCUCAGAUCUAUUUGUGCUGUCUUGCCUAGAGUCGGGCAUGACGAUGACCAAGACAGCACAGAUCUGGGACCAGGCUAGAGGUUGCUGCAAUCUGUAGUCAGUGUGUGUCCAGGUCUGUGUUUACCCGUCUCUGCUCAGUUUUCAAGGAAAUGAGAAACCUGCACACCGCUCUUACUUGUAUGACUUAUUUUAUUAAAGCUUACGUAUCGGCCUCUUGGCCUUCGCUUUCUGCUCAGUUUUGAAAGAUAGUGCCGAGCUAAAGGUUGGUUGCUGCUCUGCUUUGCUCCGUUGUACCCGUCUGUUGUCUUGUUUCAGAGGGCACAAGUACAUGGGCCUAUGGGUAGAUGACCAGCGCCAGGGCAAUGGAGUGGUAGUCACUCAGUUUGGUCUCUACUACGAAGGGGCCUUCAGCAACAACAAGAUGAUGGUGAGUCCCACACAGUCUCGCUCUCAGUGUUCAAUGAUGCUAUUAGCCUGAUGAAUGCAAUCUCAAUCUUGGUCUAAAUCUUUUAUUUUAUUUUUUAUACACAGUACCAGUCAAAAGUUUGGACACACCUACUCAUUCAAGGGUUUUUCUUUGUUUUUUAAAACUAUUUUCUACAUUGUAGAAUAAUAGUGAAGACAUCAAAAUGAUGAAAUAACACAUAUGGAAUCAUGUAGUAACCAAAAAAGUGUUAAACAAAUCAAAAUAUAUUUGAGAUUUGAGAUUAUUCGAAGUAGCCACCCUUUGCCUUGAUGACAGCUUUGCACACUCUUGGCAUUCUCUCAACCAGCUUCACCUGGAAUGCUUUUCCAACAGUCCUUGAAGGAGUUCCCACAUAUGCUGAGCACUUGUUGGCUGUGUUUCCUUCACUCUGCGGUCCGACUCAUCCCAAACCAUCUCAAUUUGGUUGAGGUCGGGAUUAUGAAGGCCAGGUCAUCUGAUGCAGCACUCCAUGACUCUCCUUCUUGGUAAAAUAGCUCUUACACAGCCUGGAGGUGUGCAGGGUCAUUGUCCUGUUGAAAAACAAAUUAUAGUCCCACUAAGCACAAACAAGAUGGGAUGGCGUAUCGCUGCAGAAUGCUGUGGUAGCCAUGCUGGUUAAGUGUGCCUUGAAUUCUAAAUAAAUCACAGAUAGUGUCACCAGCAAAGCACACACACUCCAUCACACCUCCUCCUCCAUGCUUCACGGUGGGAACCAUACAUGCGGAGAUCAUUCGUUCACCUACUCUGCGUCUCACAAAGACAUGGCGGUUGUAACCAAAAGUCUCAAAUUUGGACUCAUCAGACCAAAGGACAGAUUUCCACCGGUCUAAUGUCCAUUGCUCGUGUUUCUUGGCCCAAGCAAGUCUCUUCUUAUUAUUGGUGUCCUUUAGUAGUGGUUUCUUUGCAGCAAUUCGACCAUGAAGGCCUGAUUCACGCAGUCUCCUCUGAACAGUUGAUGUUGAGAUGUGUCUGUUACUUGAACUCUGUGAAGCAUUUAUUUGGGCUGCAAUCUGAGGUGCAGUUAACUCUAAUGAACUUAUCCUUUGCAGCAGAGGUAACUCUGGGUCUUCCAUUCCUGUGGCGGUCCUCAUGAGAGCCAGUUUCAUCAUAGCGCUUGAUGGUUUUUGCGACUGCACUUGAAAAAACUUUCAAAGUUCUUGACAUUUUCUGUAUUGACUUACCUUGAUGUCUUAAAGUAAUGAUGGACUGUCAUUUCUCUUUGCUUAUUUGAGCUGUUCUUGCCAUAAUAUGGACUUGGUCUUUUACCAAAUAGGGCUAUCUUCUGUAUACCACCCCUACCUUGUCACAACACAACUGAUUGGCUCAAACGCAUUAAGAAGGUUUAGAAAUUCCACAAAUUCACUUUUAAGAAGGCACACCUGUUAAUUGAAAUGCAUUCCAGGUAACUACCUCAUGAAGCUGGUUGAGAGAAUGCCAAGAGUGUGCAAAGCUGUCAUCAAGGCAAAGGGUGGCUAUUUGACGAAUCUCAAAUAUAAAAUAUAUUUUGAUUUGUUUAACACUUUUUUGGUUACUACAUGAUUCCAUAUGUGUUAUUUCAUAGUUUUGAUGUCUUCACUAUUAUUCUACAAUGUAGAAAAUAGUAAAAAUAUAGAAAAACCCUUGAAUGAGUAGGUGUUGUAAAACUUUUGACCGGUAGUGUAUGUAUUCUAUAAGUCAACAGAAGAUAAAUUGGCAGCAGGCCACCUGAAGUUGUUUACACAUUAUGGUGAACAGGAUCCAGAAACUGGCAGUGAACACACCCCUGGUAAACACAGCUCAACUCACAAACAUGACACACCAAGGGGACAAUAAAUGAAUCUGACAUCUCAACAUGAGGGACAGAGAGGUUGUUUUGGGAACUUGAUCACAUGUAGCUCAUUGGCUGUAGUAUUGAAUAAAUAUUACUGAACACAAAUAUAAAAGGCAAUGUGCAACAAUUUCUAAGAUUUUACUGAAUUACAGUACAGGCAAUCCGUCAACUGAAAUAAAUUAAUUAGGCUCUAGUCUAUGGAUUUCACAUGAUAGGGCAGGGGUGCAGCCAUGGGUGGGCCUGGGAGGGCAUAGGCCCACUCACCUGGCAGCCAGGCCCACCCACUGGGGAGCCAGACCCAGCCAAUCAGAAUGAUUCUUUCCCCACAAAAGUGGUUUAUUGCAGAGCCUAACCCCCCCCCCCCCCCCCCCCAUGUAAUGAUCAUGCUGUUUAAUCAGCUUCUUCAUUUGCCACACCUGUCAGGUGGAUGGAUUAUCUUGGCAAAGGAGAAAUGCUCACUAACAGGGUUGCAAACAAAUUUCUUCACAAAAUGUGCGUAUGGAAAACGUCUGGGAUUUUUUAUUUCAGCUCAUGAAACAUGGGACCAACACUUUACAUGUUGCGUUUAUAUAUUUGUUCAGUGUAGUUAGGUAAUACUUUACAUUACAGUGGCGGAGGGUUAGGGUUAGGCAGUACACUGAAGCCUAAUCAGCACUGCAUACCAAUCCAGCAUCCUGGCAUCGACUAGGCGGUCGCCUAAUGCACUGCAUACCAAUCCAGCAUCCUGGCAUCGACUAGGCGGUCGCCUAAUGCACUGCAUGCCAAUCCAGCAUCCUGGCAUCGACUAGGCGGUCGCCUAAUGCACUGCAUGCCAAUCCAGCAUCCUGGCAUCGACUAGGCGGUCGCCUAAUGCACUGCAUGCCAAUCCAGCAUCCUGGCAUCGACUAGGCGGUCGCCUAAUGCACUGCAUGCCAAUCCAGCAUCCUGGCAUCGACUAGGCGGUCGCCUAAUGCACUGCAUGCCAAUCCAGCAUCCUGGCAUCGACUAGGCGGUCGCCUAAUGCACUGCAUGCCAAUCCAGCAUCCUGGCAUCGACUAGGCGGUCGCCUAAUGCACUGCAUGCCAAUCCAGCAUCCUGGCAUCGACUAGGCGGUCGCCUAAUGCACUGCAUGCCAAUCCAGCAUCCUGGUAUCGACUAGGCGGUCGCCUAAUGCACUGCAUACCAAUCCAGCAUCCUGGCAUCGACUAGGCGGUCGUCUAAUGCACUGCAUACCAAUCCAGCAUCCUGGCAUUGACUAGGCGGUCGCCUAAUGCACUGCAUACCAAUCCAGCAUCCUGGCAUCGGUUGUUUUGGCAAACCUUUGACUGGUAGUGUAUAUAUAUUUUUUAGGGGUUAGAUCAGCUUUAAUAUUGCAGAAAGAUUGUGGCUUCUAUCAAUGUACAGUUGAAGUCGGAAGUUUACAUAGGUUGGAUUCAUUAAAACUUGUUUUUCAACCACUCCACAAAUUUCUUGUUAACAAACUAUAGUUUUGGCAAGUCGGUUAGGACAUCUACUUUGUGCAUGACACAAGUCAUUUUUCCAACAAUUGUUUACAGACAGAUUAUUUCACUUAUAAUUCACUGUAUCACAAUUCCAGUGGGUCAGAAGUUUACAUACAUUAAGUUGACUGUGCCUUUAAACAGCUUGGAAAAUUCCAGAAAAUGAUAUCAUGGCUUUAGAAGCCUGCUAAUUGACAUCAUUUGAGUCAAUUGGAGGUGUACCUGUGGAUGUAUUUCAAGGCCUACCUUCAAACUCAGUGCCUCUUUGCUUGACAUCAUGGGAAAAUCAAAAGAAAUCAGCCAAGACCUCAGAAAACAAAUUGUAGACCUCCACAAGUCUGGUUCAUCCUUGGGAGCAAUUUCCAAAUGCCAAACAAUGUACAAACAAUAGUACGCAAGUAUAAACACCAUGGGACCACGCAACCGUCUUACCGCUCAGGAAGGAGACGCAUUCUGUCUCCUAGAGAUGAACAUACCUUGGUGCGAAAAGUGCAAAUCAAUCCCAGAACAACAGCAAAGGACAUUGUGAAGAUGCUGGAGGAAACAGGUACAAAAGUAUCUAUAUCCACAGUAAAACAAGUCCUAUAUUGACAUAACCUGAAAUGCCGCUCAGCAAGGAAGAAGCAACUGCUCUGAAACCGCCAUAAAAAAGCCAGACUACGUUUUUCAACUGCACAUGGGGACAAAGAUCGUACUUUUUGGAGAAAUGUCCUCUGGUCUGAUGAAACAAAAAUAGAACUGUUUGGCCAUAAUGACCAUCGUUAUGUUUGGAGGAAAAAGGGGGAUGCUUGCAAGCUUCCCACAAUAAGUUGGGUGAAUAUUGGCCCUUUCCUCCUGACAGAGCUGGUGUAACUGAGUCAGGUUUGUAGGCCUCCUUGCUCGCACACACUUUUUCAGUUCUGCCCACAACUUUUCUAUAGGAUUGAGGUCAGGGCUUUGUGAUGGCCACUCCAAUACCUUGACUUUGUUGUCCUUAAGCCAUUUUGCCACAACUUUGGAAGUAUGCUUGGGGUCAUUGUCAAUUUGGAAGACCCAUCUGCGACCAAGCUUUAACUUCCUGACUGAUAUUUUGAGAUGUUGCUUCAAUAUAUCCACAUCAUUUUCCUUCCUCAUGAUGCCAUCCAGUCCCUCCUGCAGCAAAGCACCCCACAGCAUGAUGCUUCCACCCCCGUGCUUUACGGUUGGGAUGGUGUUCUUCAGCUUGCAAGCACCCCUCUUUUUCCUCCAAACAUAACGAUGGUCAUUAUGGCGAAACAGUUCUAUUUUUGUUUCAUCAGACCAGAGGACAUUUCUCCAAAAAGUACGAUCUUUGUCUUUGUUCUUGAAGCACCUCCCAAAAGUUUGAUUGUUGAUGGGCACUUCUUACGCACCAUACGGUCAAGCUGCUUGACCGUAUGGUGCCACUCCAUUAUAGACAGAAUACCAGCUGACUGCUUCUUCCCUAAAUAGUUAUUGCAUAGUUUGGAGCUGUGCUUUGGGUCAUUGUCCUGUUGUAGGAGGACAUUGGCUCCAAUCAAGCGCCGUCCACAGGGUAUGGCAUGGCGUUGUAAAAAUGGAGUGAUAGCCUUCCUUCUUCAAGAUCCCCUUUACCCUGUACAAAUCUCCCACUUUACCACCACCAAAGCACUCCCAUACCAUCACAUUGCCUCCACCAUGCUUUACAGAUGGCAUCAAGCAAUCCUCCAACAUCUUUUCUUUUGGUCUGCGUCUCACAAAUGUUCUUCUUUGUGAUCCGAACACCUCAAACUUUGAUUCGUCUGACCAUAACACUUUUUUCCAAUCUUCUUCUGUCCAGUGUCUGUGUUCUUUUGCCCAUCUUAAUCUUUUCUUUUUAUUGGCCAGUCUGAGAUAUGGCUUUUUCUUUGCAACUCUGCCUAGAAGGUCAGCAUCCCGGAGUCGCCUCUUCACUGUUGACGUUGAGACUGGUGUUUUGCGGGUACUAUUUAAUGAAGCUGCCAGUUGAGGACCUGUGAGGCGUCUGUUUCUCAAACUAGACACUCUAAUGUAUUUGUCCUCUUGCUCAGUUGUGCACCGGGGCCUCCCACUCCUCUUUCUAUUCUGGUUAGAGCCAGUUUGCACUGUUCUGUGAAGGGAGUAAUACACAGCGUUGUACGAGAUCUUCAGUUUCUUGGCAAUUUCUCGCAUGGAAUAGCUUCAUUUCUCAGAACAAGAAUAGACUGAUGAGUUUCAGAAGAAAGUUAUUUGUUUCUGGCCAGUUUGAUCCUGUAAUCGAACCCACAAUUGCUGAUGCUCCAGAUCCUCAACUAGUCUCAAGAAGGCCAGUUGUAUUGCUUCUUUAAUCAGUACAACAGUUUCAGCUGUGCUAACAUAAUUUCAAAAGGGUUUUCUAAUGAUCAAUUAGUCUUUUAAAAUGAUAAACUUGGAUUAGCAAACACAACGUGCCAUUGGAACACAGGACUGAUGGUUGCUGAUAAUGGGCCUCUGUACGCCUAUGUAGAUAUUCCAUUAAAAAAUCAGCCGUUUCCAUCUACAAUGGCCAUUUACAACAUUAACAAUGUCUACACUGCAUUUCAGAUCAAUUUGAUAUUAUUUUAAUGGGCAAAACAAUUGCUUUUCUUUUGAAAACAAGCCAAUAUCAAAGUGACCCCAAACUUUUGAAUGGUAGUGUACAUUUUACGGACACAGUAUAUUUUACAUUAGUUAUCUUUUGUUUUGUUUUUAAUCCCAACCUUCAGCUACACUCAACCCUUUCCCAUCUCACUUGGUCUCAAUCUUGAAUUUAAUAUUUUCUCCGUCUCAUUCUCUGUCAGGGCACUGGUCUGCUGGUGUCUGAUGAUGACACGGCCUUUAAGGGAGAGUUCUCAGACGACUGGACCCCUAAUGGCAAGGUAAGGUAUAGAUAGAGAUGGAUGGAUGAAGAGAGAGGUGAAUAUAUAUAUCUAUGAGGUAAGAGGAAUGAACUUAAAAGCCUUCACAAGAUAUCAAGCCUUAACGAAAACCGACAGUGACGUGUUGUGUAUGAAAUACAUCUCACUCUUAAUACACAUAAACACCGUUGUCUUACGUCAGAUAGCGCAACAUUGUCCGGACUGAAUGGUUCUCAUGGCAACGUAAUCUCACGUGGACAGAUCUACGUUAACAUGACCGGUACCGUGGAAUGAGAUGCGUGGGCUAACCCAUGACCGGUACCGUGGAAUGAGAUGCGUGGGCUAACCAUGACCGGUACCGUGGAAUGAGAUGCGUGGGCUAACCAUGACCGGUACCGUGGAAUGAGAUGCGUGGGCUAACCAUGACCGGUACCGUGGAAUGAGAUGCGUGGGCUAACCAUGACCGGUACCGUGGAAUGAGAUGCGUGGGCUAACCAUGACCGGUACCGUGGAAUGAGAUGCGUGGGCUAACCAUGACCGGUACCGUGGAAUGAGAUGCGUGGGCUAACCAUGACCGGUACCGUGGAAUGAGAUGCGUGGGCUAACCAGCAGCAGUAGUUCUAGUGUUUGGGUUUAUCCGUCACUGGUUAUUUGGAAAAAUUAAGAUUUUCGUAGGUGUUAACAUGUUUCGAAUUUCGGAAGGGGAGGGGGACAUUCGGCCCGUUAACUUGCAAAGAGAGAGGGUGGACUCCUCAUUCUGGUUCCGCUGUAACAUUUCUUAAUCUCUUUACAUGGACCCAAAACAUAUUUGAGCAGCUGACCAAUUACGUGAGACUUUAGUCGUUGGAAUGACGCCCUCUUAUCAGAAGAUAAUGCAUGAACACUCAUCUUGUGUUGCACUCUCUCCCAGGGUACCCUGUCGAUGUCCAAUGGAGACUUCAUAGAGGGUCUGUUUAGUGGAGAGUGGACCUCAGGGUUGAAGAUCACGGGAACCUACAUUAAGCCUAAUCUCUAUGAACCUGACAAGAAGGAAUCAACCUGGGUGCUGUAA